GGAAGGAGUAACACCGAAGUUGAGGAAGGAAGAAAGAAAGCCUUAUGAGAAAAGACUGCAGGAGGACAGCCUGAGAUCGCAACUGGAUGCCACAUCAUGUUGCUGAGGACAGCUGCCAUUGCACUGCUGCUUUGCGUGCAGUCUCUGCAUGGCUCCGCUCUCCCUGCCGUGUCGUCCUAUGAGUUCACUGCCUAUAGGAUGCAACAGUACAACCUGGGACAGCAUAAGUAUGGCUGUCGUGGAGCCAUUGUUGUUGCAGAGGCACGCUCAGCAGAAGAGCCGUCGCUAACCCGCCGCUGUGUGAUAAUGAAGGUGGAAGACUUCACUACAGAAAAAUACUCCGAGGCCCAGAGACAAAAUGCAGCUGCCAUCCUGAUCCUGCUGCCCCAAAAUAUCUCCAGUAUCCCUCACAAUGCAGUAGAGUCCUUUAUGGUGAGUGAAAGCGAGACCUUGCAGAAGGAGACUCUCAUGCCAGUGUAUGUGGCACCUGAGGAUGAACAGCUGCUCUACAUGUAUGAGGAGGUUAAACAGGCUGCAGCCACCCGGACAUCAUCCAUUUUUGUCAGAGUCCUCCGCAGUAUGGUCACGGCUACAGCUUUUCAGAUUUUAGUGAUCAACAAUGCCCCAAUUAAGGCCACCACUGACAAUGCUAUAAUCACACUGGAGGGAGUUCUUCUAGGAGCAGUAGAGGAUGCACCCACUAUAGUCAUCGCAGCCCACUAUGACUCUUAUGGGCUUGCCCCUUGGUUGUCUUAUGGAGCAGACUCAAACGCCGGUGGUGUCACAAUCCUAAUUGAGUUGGCCCGUCUCUUCCAAAAACUCUACAGUAGUCCCAGAACCAGACCACAAUUUAAUUUAAUGUUCUCCUUGACCGGAGGAGGAAAAUACAAUUUCCUUGGAACAAAGAGGUGGAUUGAAGAGAAUUUAGACCACGCUGAGUCCAGCCUUCUCCAUGACAAUGUGGCAUUGGUCCUGUGCUUGGAUACACUAGCCAAUGGCGAUGAGCUGUACAUGCACGUCUCCCGCCCUCCUAAACCUGACACGCCAAUGCAGUCUUUCAUUCAACAACUGGAGGAGGUGGUUUCCUCCAGAUUUCCCUGGGUGAAGGUGGGGUUGGUUCAUAAAAAGAUCAAUCUUGUGGAGUCUACUGUAGCCUGGGAGCAUGAGCGCUACAGCCUACGCAGGAUCCUGGGCUUCACUCUGUCUCAUCUGGAAGAUCCUAAAUCUGAACUUCGUGGCUCUAUACUAGACACCAUGUCAAAAGUGGAUUUCCGGAAACUUAAACGUAAUGGCAUCAUCAUAGCAGAAGCGCUGGCCCGCUACAUGUACAAUCUCUCUGACAAGGGUUCACCGAAGGAUGUGCAAGUUUUCAAGGGCCAGCUGGACAUUCAGGACAGUCGUAUCUCCAGUUUGAUGUCCUUCCUGACAUCAGUCCCUCGGGCUACUCAGCUGCUGGAUAAGGAACCCAGUCAUAUCUUGCUGGUCAACUCACUGGAGCACGAAUUCAAGCGCUAUCUGCAGCAAGUCCACAGACACACCUUCCGACAGGACAAGAGGGAUCCUGAUAUUACCUUCUUUGAUCAAAUGAGCCAACCAAUAGUCAUGUACAGAGUGAAGCCUGCAGCCUUUGAUCUGUUCCUGGGAGGCUGCAUUGCUGCUUACCUGGGUAUUGUUUACUAUGCAAUCCAGAAUUUCGGUUUUCUCUACACAAAACUAAAAGCAGCAGUUAAAACGAAGCACCACUGAAUCCACUACGACUACGACCACCGACUCCAUGACAAGCCCUUUGAAGUCAGCUCUGCACAUGUUGGACAUUUGCCGGCUGUGCAGCAGGAAGCCUCUUUGCAUGAUCAUAUGCAUCUCAUAUAAAGCG